CGUACACACAAUCAUCGGCACCUCAUGGCUGCUGGCAUUGCACUGGCCCAGCAGGAGGCUAGAACUAGCCGCCAAGAGCGGCGAUGCUGGGGGUUCAAUGCUCCGUGCAGGGGAGUUCUGCUGAAGCCUGUAUGCCUGGUAUCCAGGGGGGACGGGGGGGAGACGACUACAGUACAUAGGUGAUUACACCUCAUGUAUUGGAGCGAACGUGGUGUCGAGUAUUGUCUGCGAUGCUACUUGAUCGGUGUUGUUGUUGUUAUUGUUGUCGUCGUUGUCAUCGUCGUUGUUGUUUCUUGCAGCCCGCUGGAGAGGCCCAGCUUGGCCGGAAGGGACGACGAAUGUGAACUCGCGAUGCACUCCCGCUCCUUCCCCUCGAGACACCUCCCACGGCAGAUCCUGCCUCGUGCUCCUCUGGCGGCCCUCGCUCUUGCUCUUUCUCUGGCUUUUGCUCUUUCUCUGGCUCUGGCUCUUGCUCUUGCCUCUGAGAUUCCUCCGACGGCACACACGCCACCCGUCCAGCUCUCCCGACGAGCCGCCGAUAACAGCAGCAGCAGCAGCAACAACAACAACAACGCGACUGCCUCGGCUGCAAGUCCCGCGCCAAUUGCGUUCCCGCCCAGUCAACACUGGGAUGGCGUUGACGGAGAGUGGUCGUCAUUCACGCUGCGAGUCGGCACGCCCGCGCAGGUGGUGCGCACGUUUGUGUCGUUCGCGUCCUACCAGACCUGGGUCGUGCUGCCCCAAGGCUGUUCUUUGGCUGCCGAUCAGGCCGAAUGCGUCGCCGCCAGAGGAGGCACCUACGACAACCACACCUCCUCCACCUUCGUCCCGCGCGGCAUCUACGACUUGUGGGUCGCCAAGAACCUCGGCUAUGAGGGCAAUGCCCUCUAUGGCUAUGACACUGUCGCCCUAGGCGGCGGAGAUGACGGCGACGGCGGUGAUGGCCAUGGCGGCGGCGGCGGCGGCGGCCCGUCGAUUGAGCACACCGUCGUCGGAGCGCUGGCCGUCGAAGACUUCUACCUCGGCCUCUUUGGCAUCAAUCCCAAGCCCACCAACUUCACCAGCUAUGACGAUGGCUCCCCCAGCUACAUGACCUUGCUCAAGCUGCACAACUACAUUCCGAGCAUUUCUUUCGGCUAUACCGCUGGAGCAAAGUACCGCCAGCGACACACUGGCGUUCCCGCGUCGCUGACACUGGGUGGCUAUGAUGCCUCCCGCUUCGUGGACAACAACGUGACCUUCGUGUUUGCCGCUGACAACGAACGCGAUCUCGUCGUGGGCAUUCAGUCCAUCCAAACCACCACCACCACAUCUUCCUCUUCCACUCCUACCGAAUUGCUGCCAGACCCCGUGUAUGCCUAUAUUGACUGCACUGUUCCAGAGAUAUGGCUGCCUAUUGACGCCUGCCAAGUCUUCGAGAAUGAGUUCGGUCUGGUCUACGACAAUGUAUCGCAGCUGUAUACUGUCAACGACACGCUCCAUGACGCUCUCGUAGAGCGAAACGCAUCCAUCACCUUCAAUCUCGCACAGGGAGUAUCAGGCGGGCAGCUGGUGCCAAUAACAUUACCAUACGCGUCCUUUGAUUUGACUGCGAAGCCUCCCUUUAAGGGUUUGGAAAACAGCACCCGCUAUUUUCCACUACAGCGUGCCCAGAACAGCAGCCAGUACACCUUGGGCCGAACCUUCAUGCAAGAGGCAUAUAUUAGCGUGGAUUGGGAGUCUGCGAGAUUCAAUCUGUCACAAGUACUAUGGGAUCAGACUGCGCAGCCAAAUCUUGUGCCAAUCUUGUCUCGUUCGAAUGCUAGUGAGCAUGCCCCUGCCUCGAGCCCCGGAGAUGGCUCUUCCUCGAGCUUGACCACUGGUGCCAUCGUGGGCGUAGCGGUGGGUGCGGUAGCUGCAGUCGUAUUGAUAGGUGUCUUGCUGCUCUUCUGGCUCCGUCGCAAGAGGCAGGCUGCUGCUGCUGCUGCUACUGCUCAUCAAGCAACACGUGGAAACCUGGAAGAUGACACCAGUAGCGGCACUCCAGUCGGUCUGAGAAGAAGCGACAGUGAUCAUGGAAAAUCAGAACUAGCAGGCUCUACGUCUUACAGCGAGAAUAAGCGAUUACUGUCUACAGUGCCCGAUAUGAGCACCCCAGGCGCAUCAGAGCCCUCCUCCACUCCUAUUGCUGGAGAAGGAACGUACUCCAGCUCACAGAGUGGCGCUCUAUUCUCUCCAGUGUCCGCAGUUAUUAGCGAGGCCGACGGCCGAGAACGGCACGUCUUCGAGAUGGCUGGGGAUCUGCCGCCCAUCAGAGAGAAGGACGGGAAAGCGCUGACGGAAAAAGAAGCCUUGCAACACCGAGAACAAGUUUACAACGGGAUCAAUUCGACUACUCCCACCUCAUCACAGCCCCCACGGGAAGGUGUCAGGCAGCCAAGGCGAAUCAAGCCUGAGGACGUUGUCGACACUGGACAGAGUGUCAAACCUCGUGACGAGCUGACACACGGGAGAUUCUCGUUUGACGGUGGCACAGGCGAACAGCUCUCCCCAUGACUUUUGGACUUUUUUUUCUUUGAUAUUCAAUGUUGAGUAACAAUAGGGAAGCGAGGCGUUCGGAGCCACGAUACCAGAGGGAAACGACAUCUGUCGCUGCAUAUUUCUGUUUACGCCAUGUGCCUUACCAUGCUCAAAUCACAUUCACAACGUAUCUAUAUGAUAGAAGUUCCUG